AAAUCCUAAAGGAAUUAUCUGAUUCGUCCAUAUUCAACCAGAAAUUUUUUUCAGUGUAGGCAUUACCCAGGGGUCACUGAUAAAAUAACAGGAGGAUGUCGACGAGACUGAUUUGCUCGUGUUACCCGUUACGAGCGACACGUGCGACUUGUUAGAACGCUAUUCGAGGCACGAUAAAUGCGCGAUACGGUAACCCGGACUAUAUACUAGUUAACCGUAAGGAAUUGCGCCUUUUUCCGCCUGCAGAAGAGACAUUUUCCGUGCUAUGACCGGCGAUCAAUCGCGAGGUAGACAGCGCGCUCCCAUAGCAUCUCUUAGCAUUCCCGGGCGUAUGCUUUCAACUUUCGGAGCACGAGCACGCGAAACGUCGCGGGACGGGAUUUACGAGCCGCAUUGCAAUAAACCGGAUGUCUUCAUUCGAAUUGCGCUACGGAUAGAAUAACAACGGUAGUCGAUGGCGUCUUCGUGCAUCUUUCUGGUCAUUUCGACCAGACGAAUUCUACAGAGAAGGCGUGAGAGAGAUUGGAAUAAGGAUAAUGCACUCCGCGACCCGAUAGCAACGGCGCUGGUACCCGGAAGUAACCCUGUGACGAGUCGGAAUCAAGAGGAGACGUCAGCCAGACGAGGAACCAAGGAACCAAGUUCACAACGAAUCCUCCGGACGCGAUUGUGUCACACGAAAAAAAAUAUCGGUUACCUCACUGUAUUAGCGUCGCACACAGUAUCACUCUCUCAGCCCUCGGGGGAUUCUUCCCUUCGAUUAAUUCGAUCGGACAAUGGAGGAACGAGGAAGGGGAUGGACGCCAACGCGGAGUCGGUCAAGGUCGUACGUAGGUCCGACUACCGGAAAUCGUUCUCCGCUCCGUCUCGGUUCGACGACUUCUGGCCUUCCUAACGAAGGGCGGCGGCGGGCACUUUGUUCUCCACUUUGCUGCGUAUCCGGUAUCCCUCGGGGACUCACCUCUUUCUUCCUCUCUCUCUCUCUCUACUCUCCUUUUCUAUGUCUUCUCGAGGUAGUCGAUCGACGAUCGACGAUGACACGCGUAUACGUCCCGGUUCUUCCACCGAUCGAUCCACCGAGCGGCCCGGUGAGAGUGUUAAAACAGACGAGGCGGUCGCGAUGCGACCCUUUUAUACCGACCCGCACCUCCACCUCCUUUCAUACUCCUUCGUCGUCCUCCUUCUCGUUGUCGUCGUGCUCUUCCUGCGUUUAUCCGUACCAUACCUACCUACCUACCUACCUAUCUUCUGUUCUCCACGUGGCUCGACCGAGCGUUUUCUCCCUUUCUGAGACGUGCGUGAGCGCAUUGUACACACGAGCAUUUUACACCCGUCGAGAUCACAGAAUCUCAGAGAGUUUCCGCAUUCGUCUACUGAGGAAGAGAGAGAGAGAGAGAGAGAGAAGGGGGAGGGAUAUGGCAAAUACUUAUUUAAAUGUUCUCUUGUUGUUGGUAUAUGUUUUCUACCAACUCCCACUUUCUAUGUUUAUUCCUACACUCUGCUAUCCCUUUUUUUUUACAUGAUCACAUUUAUUUCUCUCAAAUCGAGCUCUAUUUCACAUUCUUUAAAAUAUGUUUUAUAUAUUUAAAUUCUUAAUUAUUUUUUAAAUAAAAAAAAAUUUAGUUUACACAUCAGUGUUGCAGUAAGAUCUUCAAGCUGUGCGUACCAGUUAUAUUACUUCGGCGGCGACAAGGAGAGAUAGAGGCGUGAAAAAGGUUAUUCGAAGGAUUUUAAUAUCUUAAUACUUCAGGAUUUUUAGAAUUUCGCGAUCUUCACAUUUAUUUAAACUGAUUGUCAAAAUUUUCUAAUUUGCGAGAUUACCUGGCUGGAUAUUAUCCAAUGUGAAAUUCUGCGAUAACUAAUUGCGCGAAAACACAUUGUAAGAAAGAGCAUUGAGCGCUCUAUCGUAAAACAGAUCUGAAAUAAAUCAAGCGCGCAUUAUUAA